GCCGUCAUCAUACGAAGUCGUUAAGACUUGAGCAGAGAAGAAGAAACCAAACUAGUUUUGCAGAAACAUCAGAAAUGGUGGAGCUGGCAGCUAGCAAACAUGUUCAAUUCAUUCUAUCGAAGGCACAGGAAAAGGACUCUUAUGAAUCAGUUUUGAUGGAGCAUAUAAGAUUGAAUGGGGCAUACUGGGGUUUGACCACUCUUGACCUUUUGGGAAAGCUUGACACUGUUGACGUCAAUGAAGUUGUUUCGGAGGUUCUCCAGUGCCAGCAUGAAUCAGGUGGUUUUGGUGGUAACAUUGGACAUGACCCGCACAUACUAUAUACCUUAAGUGCUGUGCAGGUUUUGGCCUUAUUUGACAAUGUUGAUGUAUUGGAUAUCGAGAAGAUUGCAAAUUAUGUAGCUGGGCUGCAGAAUGAAGAUGGCUCAUUUUCUGGGGACAUUUGGGGUGAAGUUGAUACGCGGUUUUCAUAUAUUGCCAUCUGUUGUCUAGCAUUACUACAUCGUUUGGAUAAAAUUAAUGUAGAGAAGGCUGUGGACUACAUUUUGAGUUGUAAAAAUCAUGAUGGCGGAUUUGGAUGCACCCCUGGUGGGGAGUCUCAUGCAGGUCAAAUUUUCUGUUGCGUGGGUGCUCUUGCUAUCACAGGAUCUCUACAUCGUAUUGACAAGGACCUUCUUGGAUGGUGGUUGUGUGAGCGGCAAGUUAAAGCAGGAGGUCUUAAUGGCCGUCCAGAGAAGCUUCCUGAUGUGUGCUACUCUUGGUGGGUUCUCUCUAGUUUGAUCAUGAUUGACAGAGUUCAUUGGAUCGAUAAGGAAAAGCUUGCCAAGUUCAUUUUAGACUGUCAGGACAUUGAGAAUGGAGGAAUUUCUGACAGACCAGAUGAUGCCUGUGAUGCCUACCAUACAUACUUUGGUGUAGCAGGACUUUCCCUUCUUGAAUAUCCAGGGGUGAAACCCAUAGAUCCAGCCUAUGCUUUGCCAGUUGAUGUUGUAAAUAGGAUUAUCUUAGGCAUAAAGGAGUAUAGUCUUGUCUAAGAACUUUAAUGUGCCUUUCGUGGCAAUUCUUCGCCUUUUUCUCAAAUCAUUUUACAAACUCUUGACAGCUUCAAACAUUGUUAGCACAGUUCAGAUAAAGCUUUCACUAUACGAGGAUUGUAUAAUUCCUGGAUAUAACUUGUUUAAAGAGAAUCAGUUGGGUGAUGAGAAGCUAUUUGGUUCUGGAUCACAGCCAUUCGAUCAAGUUCUUCUGCAGAAAUAGAAUUCUAAUUUUCCUCCCUGAUCUGGGAUUACAU